AAAGAAAUUGGCACAGCGCCUGCAGGAUGCAGAAGAAGCUGUGGAAGCAGUUAAUGCGAAAUGUUCCUCCCUGGAGAAAACCAAACACAGGCUCCAGGGGGAGAUUGAAGAUCUGAUGGUGGAUGUGGAGAGAUCGAACGCUGCUGCUGCGGCUCUGGACAAGAAACAAAGAAACUUUGACAAGGUCCUUGCUGAGUGGAAGCAGAAGUAUGAAGAGUCCCAGAGUGAGCUAGAAAGUUCCCAGAAAGAGGCUCGUUGUCUCAGCACUGAGCUUUUCAAACUAAAGAACUCUUAUGAAGAAUCUCUCGAUCAUCUGGAGACCAUGAAACGAGAAAACAAGAAUCUCCAAGAGGAAAUUUCUGACCUGACU